AUUUGGGGUAACCUGUACAAUAUAUCACAAAGGGUUUACAUGCAACCAAAGCACCAGAAUUUUGGCAUUGAGGUUUUUGCAAACCAUGGACAUGCUGAAUUUCUGUUAUGAUGUUGUGUAUAUGUUGAAACUUCACGCUUAUUUAUGUUUCAACAAUGCUGUGGUUGACAUGUGGUUAGGCACAAAAAACCUGGUUAUGGUAAGGAAAAGAUCCUGUUUGGGCUUAAAAUACCCAGUUUUGGUGGCACAAUGCCUGCUGGAAACACAGCCAUGUUCCAGUAAAAAAAACAAAGACAAAAAAAAAAAAAUCACUUUUUGUGUCACUAUCCUGGCAGGAAAUGCAGCAAUGUCUCAGCAAAUACAAACUGCUUGUCAUAGCACCAUCUCCAGUGGAAAAACCGGCUGCUAAGAAACACCCACAUUUGGGGCCUAAACAUCUUCUGGAAACACAGUUAAAGCCAACAGCUUUUGUUGCUUAUUGGUCUCAAGCAGUGGACUGGCAGGGUUCUUGCCUAAGAGGCACACCAUCCGUCAUCCUCUCCACCUCCCAGUGACAAAGCCAGCUCAUAUACUAUGUCUCUUUAGGGGCUUUGAUAUGACACUUAUGAAACGUACAAAUGUAAUGUAUUCAUGGGUUGCAGAAAUGUACAAUGGCAACAUUUUCUUCUGGUGACUGGGCUGAUUAAUUCAAAUCAUAGCUGCUGACCAGUUCUCACAACAACUCAGAAUAAUAAACACGUUCAGCUCCAUUCAAGGCAGUUCAGCUGCAUUUCAGAUUCGUUGUCCACAGACUCUGGCGAUUCAUCUUCAUUAUUUCCAGCCCAUAGUCCAACACAAACACUGGCUAACCCGCACCAAAUGAGCCUAUGGGGUGUGUUGCACUGUGACACUGUUGACAUGUAAUGACAUCAUGUUCAUGUGAUGACUGGAAGUCAGCAGGGCUUUUAUUAUUUAUACCUGAAAGCUGGGCUGAAGAGUAUUUUUCACUAACAGCAACUCUGACCUUAUUCAAACUUCAGUCUAUGGCUUUAAAUGUUCAAGUAGGCUAAUAAGAAAUAUCCGCUGCAACCUGAACGCAUCAUAAACUGACUGGGUGGAUUGGAUUACUCUGCGUCUCCAGGGAAUUCCGGGAACCUCACAUGACAUCAACUCUCCGCCUUUAUUGGUCUGAGGCACGUGUCUGAGAGACCCGUAGUACAACGUCAUCACAGCCUCUCGCAGCCAAUCAGAAAUGAGAACCAAAAUCCGUAGUGAAAGUAUUUGAGCGGCGUCUUUAUCAGGGCACUUUAGUUCUGCUGGAAGCAUCAAUAAUUGUGUGCAGGGACCCAGAAAAAAUUAAAUAGUCUAUAGUUUUCCAACUCGUUUUUAUUUUUUAGAUAAAAACAUUUAAUCGCCCAAUGCAGCCAUGAGGAGGAGGCUUUGACCAGAAACUUAAGCAUGAUUUUUCUUUGUCAAAUUCAGAAGAGGCGCGUUUUCACAGCAGAAACAAUAAACUAUUCCACCAGAAAAGGAAUUAGUGAAGCUCGUCAACGGUUUUCUUUUUCCAGUAAAAAAAUAUAGUAAUUAGUUAAUAAUAAGGCGAACAGGACAACACGAAAUUGGAAUAAUUUGUUUGUAGAAGGGCGCAGAGGCAGAGGUGCUGAGGGUGAUCAGGCUUCAUCAUUAUGGAAGAAAAUGCUCGUCGAGAUCCAGAGCGCCCAGAGGACUCCGGCGAGGAGUCCAACCGGGCCAUCCUGCCUCUCCUCCAGGCACCUAACAACCAGCAGUCCCACAGGAUCACCAACUUUUACAUCGACAACAUUUUAAGACCGGACUUCGGCCGAAAGAGGAAGGACAGGACUUUGGUCCGGGAGGGAGACAGUCUGGGAGUAAUUAUACGAAGAGAGGAGCUGACAGGGAGAAAGUCCUCCAAAACUGGCAACCCGCAGCAGGGUGGAGCAGGAGGCGACGAGGAGAAGGAGGAGGACACGGGAGCAUCCGACGACCAGAAUCCGGACACUGAGGCCAGGAGACCUGACCUGAUAGCCGGUGAUGUGGCUGUGAAGGGCCGGGGGGGCGGCGGGGACAGCUGCCGCAGCCCCCAGGCCAGCUCGGCCCCUGCGUCCAAAUCGAUGCUGUGGCCGGCGUGGGUUUAUUGUACCCGCUACUCAGACCGCCCGUCAUCAGGGCCCAGAUCCCGCAAACCAAAGAAGGCAGCGACCCCGAGUAAAGAGGACAAGCGGCCCCGGACGGCUUUCACUGCGGAGCAACUCCACCGGUUAAAAACUGAGUUCCAGAACAACCGGUACCUGACCGAGCAGCGGAGGCAGAGCCUGGCCCGGGAUCUUGGCCUAAACGAGUCUCAGAUCAAAAUAUGGUUUCAGAACAAACGGGCCAAAAUCAAGAAAGCCACCGGGAAUAAAAACGCUCUGGCGCUGCAUCUGAUGGCGCAGGGACUGUACAACCAUGCCGCGUCCAAGGAUGCCAAGUCGGACAGCGAGUAGAGGACAAACGGGGACAGGCGGGGGGGAGGGGGGAUCCUGAAACAUGCAAUAAAUUCACUUCAGUACCAGCAUUCAUAUUUAAAACUCAACCAGAGACGAUAUUGUGACAUUUUGUUUGUCUUUAGAGUGUGUGUGCGCGUGCAUGAGUGUGUUGCUACGUGUCCCCAGGGCUGUAGUUAUGACGAUGUCCGAUCCAAGUCAAAAAUGGUGCUGCGUUCAGGCCACAGCCAGAAAUCAGAAUUUCAGCAGGUAUGUUAUAAGCUACAAACCGUAGGCCUAUCAGAUGUCCAGUGAAACCAGCUGUGGAUGCUUUGAACUGUUAACCUUACUGUUACCUAUGCAACAUCUAAUGUAAGCUAUCUUUAGGCUGCAGCAAUGACUUGGGUCCGCUCUGUUAAGGAGGCCUGAAGAACUCAUAAGCUAUGUGGUCACAUUUCAAAAUUGGGAAAAGACUCUUUAGGCUAAAUUGUGCCGGUAAAAUCAUGUAUUAUUCGUUAGCUAAAAUUGUAGGCCUAUUAGCUACUGGCAGCUGAAGCAAUAAAGUUAGACUAAUUUCAGACACCAGGGAUAAAACCCAUGUUUUCAUAGGCCUAUAGGUUUUCAUUGCUAAUAAAAUGACUAUUUUGAUAUUUUUCAACAUUAUAAUUAAUGUUACUUGGAUCAUAGUUGUAACACUGUACCCCGCCAUCUUUAAUGAUCUCAGAAAGCCCCAAAUUUCAGCCAACGCAAGUUUCCAAGUUUCCUACUUGAGUUGUAGCUCUUCACCUUUAAAGAAACGUCCAGAACAUCCAUAUUCUGACAUGUUAGCACUGUCAGGUCUAGUACCAUGGUCAAAACGAGGUUCAAAGCGGUGGACACUAGCAAUUAAUUAUGGUCAAAUACAGACAAUUAGGCUAAGUGUGGACGAAACUUUAGCUUACUAUUUACAGAGUUUACAGAGUGUCACCGUGAUGUUAGAGCUCCAGCAGUAAGCUACUUGCCUGCCUACUGGAAUUCUGCCCUCCGACAUUUAAUUUCGACUCAUUAAGACAAAAGGCUUCAGAAUGGGUACAACCUGAUGUUAAACUUUAAACUAUAUGGCAGGGGUAAAGGUCACCUAUUGGUCCAGAUACAGGAAACAUACCUUUGAUGUUUUUUUAGAGGCGGGGAAAGUGAGUCAACAUUAUCCAAUAGGAGCUGAGAACAGGACGAGCUCGAGGAGAUGACAGUAGAGUGGACAGCCGUCACGCGCACUACAGCCCUGUGUCCCGUUAGGCUCAACUGUUGUGUCUGAGGAACUUUAUUGAUUAUGAAAACUAUAUGCUGAAAUCCAAAGAUUUUUUCUGCUGCAUUCUGGGAACUAUGAAUUGAGAAAAUAGCCUACUUUGUGUGUUUCUGUUUUUGUUUUGUUCUUUCUGACUUUAAUGGCUGUUUUCUGCUCUCUUCUUAUUUUUUCUUGCGGUGUUCCCCUCUGUCGGCGUACUGUAGUGAAUGUUUACCUGCAGGUCUGGUUGUUUUGGUGUCAGAGUAGCCUUCUAUAGCCUUUUAUGGGCGCCAAAAUUUGGAAAUUUGGGAAUGUAACGACACAUUUUAUGUCUGGAAUUAAAGGUCUGCUUUCUAGAAGCUGUCUGGUGAACAUUGUUUGAUAACCAAAUUAAUUUCCACAAAAGAACCUGCAAAAACCCCACACGCCACUGAACACACCAGCCCUUUCCAUUUGAAUUUAUCUGAUAUUAGUACUGAAAGAAAAACAUCAAACUUUUUUUUUAAUUUCCUAUAAAUUUGAAAAGAUGUCUAUAAAAAUAACCUAUUUAUCCCCGAUUUUUUUUACAUUAUGUCCCACAGCCAGCUAUCAUCAGCAAGGGACAUUUUUUCCAUUUAUCUCCAACCGUCUGCCGACUUUGGCACCGCACCCUCCGGCCAAACCAUGGACCUAUAGUACAGGCUAUCUACGAAUGUUCAAGAAAAUAGGCAAGGUUUUAUUUGUUGUUAACAAAGACCAGUAUAUUCUUAUUUAUAAUACAAUGAGCAUCUAUAGCUAUGUGGAAACGGGGCUCUGGAGUGUUUACAUAACUUAUUUUCCUGUAAUAACUUUUCUGUUUGAAUGCACCAUCUGACAGGCCUUCUGCCGGGUCUGAUUAAUGUGGACCCAAACCAAAUCGUGGUCUUAUGAUGCUGUGAAUGUUUCUUUUUAUUUUCUAGACUGUGUUACAGGAGUUUUGCUUGCAUUCAAUUACAAACCUGGACAAGCUUCUGCCUUAAAAGUUAAGUAAAUACAACCUAAACAUAUUUACAGAAAGAGCAGCUGUUUUCUACGAUGGGAUUUUGACAUCAGGAUUUUUAAAGAUGAAUAACGGACACAUUUACUUGUUUUUUCCCCGCUCAGCUGAAGUUCUCCUUUAUAUGAUCCUACAUGUAAAUAAUUUAUAUCAUUAUGGUGUGAUGGUAAAUAAAAUACA